AUGACUGUCCUUCGAUCCGCUGUCCUCCUCUUCGCUGCCUCGGCUGUUGCCUCCCCGGCUCUGCUUCCCCGUCAGGCCAGCACUGUGACCGUUACCGAAGUCGCACCUGCACCAGCUCCUACAGCUACUGCAUGGAACUCCGGGGCUGUUGACGAGUUUCCCGUCCACUCUUCCUGUAACGCAACGGAGGCUGCUCAAAUCAAGAGGGGCCUUAGCGAGACUAUGGCCAUGGUGGGACACGCUCGUGACCACAUUCUGCGAUGGGGCAACUCUUCCGAAAUCUACCAGAAGUACUUUGGCAACGCUAGCACGGGUGAGCCCAUUGGCUGGUAUACCAAGAUCGCAGAAGGCGACAAGGCUGGCAUUUUGUUCCGUUGUGAUAACCCUGAUGGCAAUUGUGGUCAAGAAGGCUGGGCUGGACACUGGCGCGGUGAAAACGCCACUUCAGAAACAGUCAUCUGCCCCCUCUCGUACGAAGUCCGCAAACCUCUUGAGGCACUUUGCGGUUUCGGUUGGGAUGUCGCCAACGGCAAAACGAACUUCUACUGGGCGUCUGAUCUUCUGCACCGUCUCCUUCACAUCCCCAAGGUCGGCGAAGGUAUUGUCGAGCACUAUGCGGAAGACUACGCCUCAGUCAUUGAGCUUGCAAAGACGGAGUCUGAACUGUCUGUAAGGGACAGUGAUACGCUGCAGUUGUUCGCGCUUGAGGCGUACGCAUACGAUGUCGCGAUUCCGGGUGAAGGCUGUACCGGAAAGUGGACUGCUACGAGCUCCUAUGUUGCAAGUGCGACUAGUGCAGCCGCGAGCUUGAGCACUGCAGAGGCUGCGAGCGCGACGAAAACGGCUUCGCCUACUAUGAGCGAAGGACCAUCAGCGACUUCGGGUGCGCCAGCGGUACGCGAUUGA